AUGACUCAUAAAACGAUGUAAUGAAACGGACCGUUUUAUCUUAUAGCUUGCGACGCAUCGUUUUGGUUCGAUGACCUCAUCGACCAUAGGAAUUUCUUGCCGUUUAUGCCAUUUUCACACUGUCGUUUGCGCUAGAAGGUACUGUUUUAAUUCCAAGAGUACCCGCCAAAACCAAGAAAAUUUCUGUUCAAGCAGUACCAGCACCGCCAUCAUGCCACCAAAUGUCUAGCAAGACCAAACUAUACCACAAAAUCCAAUCGUCCACAUUGUUAAAAUGGAACACUCAAUUAAGAGAGUCGGCAAACAAAUCACAUUUCACCAAUGCACUUUCUAUCUACCUUCAAAUGCUUCGCUCUGGUUCUUCUCCUAAUGCAUUUACUUUCCCAUUUGCCCUUAAAUCGUGCGCCGCCCUUUCUCUCCCAUUCACCGGAGAACAACUCCAUUCUCAUGUAUUCAAAACUGGGUGCUUGUUAGAACCCUUUGUUCAGACCUCAUUGAUUUCUAUGUACGGUAGAUGUGCUUUAAUUGAUAAUGCACGUAAAGUGUUUGAUGAAAAUCGACAAUCAAGUAAGUUAACUGUUUGUUAUAAUGCUUUGAUAUCUGGGUAUGCUAUGAAUUGCAGAGUUAAGGACGCAGUGUUGUUGUUUAAUGAUAUGAGAGAAUUGGGUGUGGAAAUAAAUGGGGUUACAAUGCUGGGUUUGGUUCCAUUGUGUGGGGUUCCAGGGAUCUUGGAGGUAGGGAUGUCUAUUCAUGGCUUCUGUGUGAAGUUUGGAUUGGUUAUGGAUAUGUCUGUUGGGAAUUGUUUGCUCACGAUGUAUGUAAAAUGUGGGGAAGUUGGUUCUGCGAGAAAGUUGUUUAAUGAUAUUCCUGGAAAAGGAUUGAUUACUUGGAAUGCUAUGAUAAAUGGGUAUUCUCAAAAUGGUCUUGCUACUGAUGUAUUGGAACUUUAUAGGGAGAUGGAACUAAGUGGGGUUUCUCCAGACGCUGUAACACUUGCUGGGGUUCUUUCAUCUUGUGCUCAUCUUGGUGCACAGAGUGUUGGUCGGGAGAUAGAAGAGAGGAUGAAUGUUUGUGGAUUUGCGUCCAAUCCAUUUUUGAAUAAUGCUUUGAUUAAUCUUUAUGCUAGGUGUGGUAAUUUGGUAAGGGCUAGGGAUAUUUUUGAUGGGAUGCCUGUGAAAAGUGUAGUUUCAUGGACAGCUAUAUUAGGUGGCUAUGGGAUGCAUGGAGAAGGAGAGACUGCUGUCAAGCUCUUCAAUGACAUGAUCAGGACUGGCGUUAGACCUGAUGGAACCGCAUUCGUGAGUGUUUUAUCUGCAUGUAGCCAUGCAGGAUUGAUUGAUAAGGGGUUGGAAUAUUUUUCUAUGAUGCAAAGUAAGUAUGGAUUGCAGCCUGGUCUAGAGCAUUACUCUUGCAUGGUGGAUCUUUUAGGCCGGGUGGGUAGGCUGCAGGAGGCUCAAGAGCUCAUUAAAUCUAUGGAAGUAAAACCUGAUGGUGCAGUGUGGGGGGCUCUUUUAGGUGCCUGCAAGAUCCAUAAGAAUAUAGAGCUAGCAGAGCUGGCUUUUGAACAUGUUGUUGAGCUUGAACCUACAAAUAUUGGUUACUAUGUUUUGCUAUCUAAUAUAUAUAAUGAUGCAGGGAACUUGGAGGGAAUGUUAAAAGUUAGAGUAAUGAUGAGGGAGAGGAAGCUCAAAAAGGAACCAGGGUGUAGUUACAUUGAAUUUAAUGGGAGAGUACACCUCUUCUUUGCUGGAGAUAGAAUUCAUCCUCAAAGCAGGGAAAUAUACAAAAUGUUGGAUGAGUUAGAAAUUUUGGUUAAAGAACUUGAUGGGUUUAACAAGAAUGAUCAAGAAAGAAGACAUGAACUUCUAAAUGGCACGAGUGUGCAUAGUGAGAAGUUGGCAAUUGCAUUUGGGCUCUUGAACACCAUCGAAGGAUCACAGAUUGUAGUGAUUAAAAAUCUCAGGAUAUGUGGAGAUUGUCACUUGUUUAUAAAGUUGGUGAGCAAAAUUGUGUCUCAUCAAUUUGUUGUUAGAGAUGCAACCCGCUUCCAUCAUUUCAGGAAUGGAAUAUGUUCUUGCAAAGAUUAUUGGUAAAAGGCCAUGUAAGAUCUUUUUAUAUUUGCUUAGGAUCUUUCACCAAAUACAGAUCAAGGUCAUCCAACAGGAAAGUAUGAGGCUUAAAACAUAUGGGAAUCUUUGAUGUUUAAGAAGUGGAGGAGUUUUGGUGUCAUAGUAGUGGUGACAGAAGAAGACAAAGAUGAAUAAAGUCCAUAUAGCUGUCACUAAAGGACAAGGUGGACAUCGUGCAUAUACCCAAUGUACAAGAUGCAGUCCUUGUUGCAUCCUCUGCCACCAUUACACUGCAACAAUUAAUUUUCAAGAGAGGUUCUCUGGAGGCCAGGGUGACUUCUGUUUUGUUUUCUUACUAAUAUGAGGAUAUCGUGUGGUUGCAAUCAGUUUCAUCAGAGUCAUACUCUUUAAAAAUGAGCAAAUGCAGUCAACAAUGUUGUGUAUUAAUCUUUUA